GGGGGAGCACGCGGGGAGCAGAGCUCACUGAGGUCUGAGUGUGAACGCAGCAACUUCGUGUGAAACUUCGACACCUUGUUGUUUUCCUUCCUUCGGGGAUUUUGAAGUACCAUUUUAUCUACAAGGAUCUUCAUCAGCCAUGGCUAUAGAAGGGGGAUUGAAAUGUGUCAAGUUUCUGCUUUUUCUUUCCAACUUCAUUUUCUGGUUAUGUGGAAUUGCACUGAUUGUUGUGGGAAUCAUGGUUCAGAUUUCCCUCCAUAAGACCUUCAUGAUCCGUGAUGCAUCAGCCUCAGGAAUUCCCAUUGUGCUCAUUGGAGUCGGUGUCUUGAUUUUCUUCAUCGCCUUCUUUGGCUGCUGCGGAGCCUGGAAAGAAAACUACUGCAUGAUUACCACGUUUGCCGUCCUUCUCUCACUGAUCAUCAUCACUGAGAUUGCAGCAGCAAUUGCUGGAUACGUCUUCAGAAAGAAACUCUCAGCUAUUGUCCAGGACAGUCUCACGGAAAUGAUUGGCAACUACAAAAAUGGCUCAGCAGAUUUCAUAAAGAGCGUGGAUCAACUGCAGGAGGGGUGGAAAUGCUGUGGGGUGAACAGCUCUGCUGACUGGAGAGAUUUCGGCCCUGAUGGGAAGACAGUGCCUGAUUCAUGCUGUCGCAAUGUCACCAAAGACUGUGGAAAAGGGAACAUGAUGGAUCAAAACAAAGUGUACCUCAAGGGUUGUCAUGAUGUCCUGGAGACUACCCUGAAGAACAACAUUCACUGGGUGAUAGUUGCAGCUCUUGUUAUUGCUUUCAUUCAGAUAAUGGGCAUCGUGUUCGCCUGCUUGCUGAUGAGAGGCAUCCGCGAAGGCUAUGAAGUCAUGUAAUAAACUCUUUUGUAGGUGUUGGCUCGUUAAGCCACUCUAAUUGGGAUCUUCAUUAGGAAACGUUUUCAUAAAUGUUAAUUUGCUUCCUAUAUCAUACACAGAACAGUAUGUUUUUACUUACUCAAAUUUUGGGUUUUUAUUUUAAUAGGUGAGCCAUAUCCCUGCUUUGAUGCUGUACAUGCAUAAGAAUGAAAUGUUAGAGAAGGUUAAUGUCCACUGUAAUGUGUAAGUACGUGUUGUUGGUUAUGAAGGAAGUCUGAACUCUUUUUCUUUGUUACUGUUGAGAGAUUUCAAAUCUAUUUUUGGGUUGAGUUUUUAUGUGUUGCCGGUUGCCAGUUUCCAUUUUUAUUAAAGAUUCUUUAAAUUA